AACUUAAAACACCACCACCUCACUGGAGCCCUAAUUUAGAAAACCAAGAAUUGGGUCGAAUCAACCGAUUUGAAUCGGGCUAGUUUGAGACCUAAACCCGAUUCUCUGUGAUUCGAAGAGGCUAAUUCGAUUUGUUUUUCUAGGGUUCAGCCAAUUCCGACCCAUUUUCUUGAAUCUUGAAGGACACUAAAGAACCAAGCAACCCAUGACAUAAACAAAAAGGUGUGCUGAGCUGAUGCCCAUUGCCCAUUGUUUGUUAAGAAGAAGAAGAAAAAUGAAAAAACAAACAAUAGGAAACCAUACAAGGUUUCAAGAAUUGGAAUUCUAAUUGGUCAAGAUCGAGCCUGAUUUUGAUUGAUCUGAAGCAGUGGAUCUAUACUAGGUUUCUUGGGUUAAGGCUGAUACCGAUCAUUUUCGACUUAAAUAAAAUUGUAAUCAAAAUUGAAAUCAACUGAACUCGAUAGGUUUCUUGGGUUUAGACUGAUUCCGAUCAUUUUUUACUUAAGUAAAAUCAAAAUCAAAAUCAAAAUCGAAAUCAAAAUCAGCUGGACCUAAUCCAGAUCCCAAUUCUGAAUUUAAUAACCUUGGAACUAAGAAACCCACUUAAGUCUUUUCCCAUUCACCCCCCACUUUACCUUUUUCCCAAUCACCUUGUCUUGUGAUGGUUCUAAGAACUAGGGUUAGGUUGUGGAGGUCAUCAGGAUUAUGGCCUGAUGGUAAUAUAUAAUCCAUAAUUCCAUUUAAUAUCCUUCUUUCAUUUUUGUACUCUUUGUCCAAACUUGAAGAGGGCAUCAAAGGAAAAAAGAAAAAGGAAAGCACAAGACAUGGCCAGGGAGAGUCACCCUCAAUUGCAGAAUGAAAAGAAGAACACAAGUGAAGAACGAAUUCUUUCUUUGUUUAGGGUUUGAAUUCGAAAUCCAUGGCAGGAUGGUCGAUCUUGGCUGAUGGGUCAGGUCUAAAAUGCGUCGAAAUACUUGGCAACCUUCAGUCGAAUAGUUUGUGCUUGGAUCUCGAUGCUUCUCUGAAAGGAAGUCUUUCUGGUUGCAGAGAUAAGUUCCGCUGUUUGUUCGCUCAAAUUUUAACUGUUUUUCUCAAAGAAAUCUCUGUUGGCGAAGAACUUCGGACCCUACCUGCAAUGCUCGGAGAUGGGUGCUGUGUGGAUUUGUUCAAACUCUACUGGGUCGUGAGACGUAAGGGUGGAUACGAUAACGUUUGUAAAAAUAGAUUGUGGGCUUCGGUGGCAGAAGAAUCCGGCUUCGGUUUGAGAUUCGCUUCGUCUCUGAAACUAGUUUAUGUCAAAUAUUUGGGUACCUUGGAUCGAUGGUUACAGAGAAUAUUCAAAGAUAAGGGAGCAAGAGAAGUUUUGUCGGCCAGUGGUGAGAACCUUGGUGUGUUACCCGCGGAGCUACGGACUGAGUUUCAAGGUAUGCUAUCGGAGCUGUCAGAUCAAAUGAAGAUAGAUGGUGGACGCGUUAAGUUGGGUUCAGAGAAGAAAGAGCUUCUCUUGCCAGACUCAGAUUGCAUGCAUGAGGUGCAUAAUGCGAUGCAUGUAGAUGGUGGCAAGGAUUCUGUUGAUGAUGACGAUGAAGUUGUGAUAUUGGAUUCUGCUGAUGUUAAAAAAGACAUUUUCUCUCGCAAGAGAAAGCGGGAGUGUUCAUUUUCAGAUAUGCUGAAUUGGGUUCUUUGGGCGGCCAAAAAACCUUGUGAUCCUGCUGUUGGAACAGUACCUGAAUGGCCCCAGUGGAAAUCUCAUGAAGGUAAUGAAUUCUGGUUGCAGGCUUUGUUGGCCCGAGAAGCUCUGUUAACGAGGCGGAUUUGCUCAACUGAUGCACAUUCCAUAUUCCAGAAAAAGCAAAAGAUGCAUCCUUCCAUGUAUGAGGAUCCAAUUGGUGGCAAUCACCAGUCAACAGGAAGAUUGAGAUGCAGCCAGAGAAUCCUUUCACUGAAAAGUUCUCUCUUACGCACCCCUUCCAAGUCUGCCUCGGCCACUCGAAAUAAUCCAAAAAUGAACUUCACUCCUCACAGUGCAGUGCUGGAAAAUAUUGCCGACAGAGUUGGUGUCCCUGGUGAUGGUUACCUCCGAAAACAUGUUGGCGUAGGUCGUAUUUUUCAAGUGGAAGUACCAGAUUGGACUGGUAUUCCUUCAGAAAGCGACUCUAAAUGGUUAGGCACACGGGUUUGGCCACUGGAAGCAGGUGAACAUUUUAUGCUUAUUGAAAGAGAUCCUAUUGGAAAAGGUAGACAAGAUUCAUGUGAUUGCCAACGUCCAGGUUCAGUCAAAUGUGUAAGAUUUCACAUUGCUGAGAAAAGGAUGAGAUUGAAGGUUGAACUAGGGUCAGCUUUCCACCAUUGGAAAUUUAAUUGUAUGGGUGAAGAGGUUUCACUUUCAUGGACAGAGGAAGAAGAAAAGAGAUUCAAGACUAUAGUAAGAUUAAAUCCUCCAUCUCUGGACAAGUGUUUCUGGGACGAAAUUUACAAAUGUUUUCCAAACAAGAAGAGGAGAGACUUAUUGACCUAUUACUUCAACGCAUUUCUUCUCCAACGCCGUGGUUACCAGAACCGUGCGACUCCAAACACUAUUGAUAGUGAUGAUGAUGAAUCAGAGUUUGGAUCUAUAAGUAGUGGUUUUGGGUAUGAAGUUGUUAAGGUUGCAGACUCCAAUACUGCCUUGUGUGUUCAAAGUGAGCAGUGGGUUGAUUUGGAAUAACAAGCCUAGGUGGAUUAGGAAUCUAGAUUCGACUUAGAAGUUUAUAUUAUACAGGCAGGGUGUUUCUAUCAUUCUACCAUUCAAUGAUUUUCAAUGGGAAUCAAGGGAGUUUUUCUUUCCAUUCCCUGGUACACACCAUUCAUCACCAACUCUUAAAAUUGGAUAUUGAUGGGCUAGAAAGAUUGUUUUAGUUUAAUGGAUGAGGCAGUUUUGGAGAGAUGAUGGCAGCCAUUCUGGAGGAAACAGUUCGAGUAUGGUGCUUGGUGGUGCAUGAAGCAGGACUUUGUGGAAUUUCUCAGAACUCGGGCAUGAGUUGCAGACCAAUUUUUUCUAUUCUUGCAAUAUCAGAUCUCGUGGUAUGCUUGUUCAAUUUGGUGGAUGGAGCAUUUAUCAACAAGAUCAAGGAGAUGCUUGUGAUUGCGUUUUAGCAAUCUAUGGGUGUCAAAACCUAGUCCGAACUGGUAAAAUCGACUGAAAAACCUUGACCUCAUCUUUAUUGGAUUGGUUUGGGAUAAGGUAUGAUGGGAUAGACUGAAAACUGGACCGCAUCUAACUGACCAAUAUUUAUUCGAUAAAAAAAAAAAAUCAUUGAGUACAAGGUUAUAAAUAUGUGAAUUGAUGGUCUAUCAAUUUCAAUAUUAGUGAGAGGAUUUCUAUUUGUAAGGGAAAUUGUUACAAAUCAACGAGUAUGAGACUAUGAAAAGGGAAAUUGAUCUGUAACAAUGCUUCUAUUAAUCUCCAUGUUCACUAUACAAAAUUAGUUAUGAUGGUUAAAUGAAUGAUUUGAUAGUAGGGUUCACUUUGUGAUUUCAAUAUUAGUUAUUCUCUUUCAAUUGAUAAA